AUGGACAAAGAUGUUGUGCUUGCCAUUCAGCUGCAGGAGCAGUUUGACUUCGAGCAGCAACGAUGUCAUUCCCUAUUUAACGUCCAUCUUGACCCAAGUCCAGAUGUGAGGGCAAUGCUUCUGGAGUUCGAUGACACGUUCUUCGGGGGAAAGCUCAGUGGUGUAGAAAUCAAAUGGAGCCCCUGAAUGAUACUGUAUGCAGGUGUGUGUUCUUACGAAGGAAGAGGUGGACUGUGUUUUAUUCGACUCAGUGAGCCUUUACUGAAACUUAGACCCCUUUGUGAUCUUGCACAGACACUUCUGCAUGAGAUAAUCCAUGCACUGCUCUUCGUGACUUAGAACAACAGAGGUCAUGAUGGGCAUGGACCUGAGUUCUGCAAGCACAUGGAAAGAAUCACCCAAGCCGCUGGAACUGAAAUCGCAGUCUAUCACACUUUCCAUGAUGAAGUGGAUCUCUACCGUCAGCACUGGUGACGGUGUGAUGGGCCCUGUCAGACUCGUAAGCCCUACUUUGGAUAUGUAAAGAGGGUAAUGAACCGUGCCCCCUCAGCCCAAGAUACAUUGUGGGGGGAUCACCUACGCUCCUGUGGGAGCACCUAUACAAAGGUUAAGUAGCCAGAGGGUUAUGGAAAGAAAGUAAAAAAGACAGACAACAGCCGAGGCAAGACAGACACCAGCAAAGACAAGAAGCCUACAGACAAGCAAGUGCAAAGCUUCCAGCACAUCUACUGCAGGCUCUGGAUUACAGGAUAUAAGGAAUAUCAUUCCAUUCAGUGACAAAGGUUUUUUGCUUGGAGAGAUUCACAGCCACCAUCAUCAACUCAAAAACCUCUUGUCAACAGUCCCACAAAACCUCUCAAUACUCCUGUGUCUCCCAGACCUGUACUGUCUCCUCCACCUCAGGCAACAGCUAAAGGAAUCAACUCACCUGAACGGCCGGGUCUGAUUAUCCCACAGAACAAGGGGAGCACCACAACCUACAUAGCAGGGGGAGCCCAUGGUUCCUUCAGAGGACAGAAACCACCAAAAAUGUCAGCAAAACCAAGGCAUUUUUAAACAUCAAUGGUUCACCUGCUAGGGUUCACAAACCCAACAGCACUGUGACCAAGCCACAUAGUGACUCCUCAGAUGCUUUAAAGACCAAACAAACUUUUGUCCAAGGCCUUGUUAAUGCCAGUGGCUGGAAGUCUAGAACUGCAGCUAGUACAAGUACCUCCACGGUCUCAACCAGCAGCUGAGACCAAAAGGGCAUCUUCAUCUGUGGGUGGUUUGAACUUUGGGAAACCAGCCAAAAACUGCCAUUUCCUCAGAUACCAGACAGCCAUCUCUCUGGUGUUCCGGCCGCAUCAAAACCUGGGUCCCCCGAGCCUUACCAUUCCAACUAUUUCGAAGGCCCUGAAAAUCCUAGAAGAGUCAACAUUCCAGUUUCUAGGAAGAGGCCUUGGGAAGACUAAACUUCUGCUCACAUCUUUGACCAUCAACGUCUAGGUGUACAACGGAGGACAAAGCAGCCCCUUCUACAGUUCAGAACAGCACUGCCAGCUCUGCAAGCCUUAAUGUGACUGUCAGCGGCCCAGUAUGCCAAGCCAAGGUGCAAGAGUCAAUAAUCAAUGCACAUUUAGAUUCCUGUCUCUCAUGAGAACGGAAACGUGAGCUGAAAGCCCAGCAACCAUUUUAUAUUGCAAAACUUUUAACAAGUCUCAGCAUAGGUGAAGUUUUAGAGUUGAAUGGGGCACGUGUAACGACAACCCUCUUGUAAAUCGUACUUUUCCAGGUUUCCUAGUUCCGACUAGUACUUGAACGCGGCAUACACCGCAUGGAUUAGAUAGGACCGUCAUUCGAACGAACGAAAAACACUGGUAUUAGGUUAUGAAUAUUCAACCUCCCUUUCCUGCCCGUCACUGCGGGUAACGCCCAAUCAGCCUCGAACUGUGUUAAAGGGACAGGAAGUGCGAGUUAGCCAGAGCUCGAAAGGAGAAGAUUACUGCUGUCUGGUGUCAACGGCUGUUGCAUGUUGUUUGUCGGAGAUGUGCUUUUCAUUCCCGAAUGUGGUGAUUUAUAACGACUAAAACUGAAAGUACUAUAUUUGUUUGAGUGAGAGGAAGAAAAAAAAGUUUAACGAUGAACGGUAAAUCUGCGAAUGGCACAGCGGGCGGAACACUGGCCUCCAUUGAGGGGCUACCCCCACUGCCAAAGAGCCUAAGCGGCUUGCUGAAUUCAAGCGGCGGGUCUUGGAGAGAGAUGGAGAGGAUGUAUGCAAAGAAAACCAUGAUCCAAGACGACCUUAGCCGUGGGCGAAACAAUUCCGACAAUCUGCUUGCAAAUAAACCGGCCAAUCUUGAUGCGGCUUUAGCACUCCUCCGAAAAGAAAUGGUGGGAUUGCGUCAGCAGGAUAUGUCUUUGCUGUGUCAGCUCUGGUCCCUCCAUGAGUCAAUCCAAGAGUACAAAGGCAGUUGCCAGGAUCUCAGCGCCGGGCAUGGGAUAGAGAACGGCUACUUUGACGAAGAUGAUGAAUACUACCAGGAGACCAGCACAACACCAACUGACCAACCGGAGGGAAGUGAGGCAACAUCUCCCAAAAAUGGGACAAGCAAGGAUUCCUGGCUACAAGACUCUUUUCACAUCACCAUUUGAGUGACCCAAGAGCUGAGCUGUUUGCUCCUAAUCUUGACUCUACACGUUUGCGGCAAUACGCUUUUUAUAAAGAACUGUGCCAUGCAUUGAGUUUUGCUGGCUUAUAGUCCUUUUUCAGCAGACUGUUUUUUCAUAUAAAUAUAUACAGAAAUUAAUUAUUUAUUAUAAAUGUUUUUUCCCUUAUUACUAUGGACAUUUAGAGUUUUCUAUGAUUGGGUAGUAUGUACUUCCAAGCUCCUUGUCAUCUUCACAAUGUUUACAGGAUUGAAAUCCCAGACACGGGGACAGUCUUGAUAAACUAAAUGGAUGGGAUUCCUGUCCCUGCGAUCGGGAGGAAAUCAACUUUUAGAUGGCAUGUAGUGGCAGCUGUGACUGGUUUGUGUUGUUGCAUAGGCUGGAGAAAAGUAUAAAAUGCUGGAAAUUGCUUACUUCUGGAAGGGUUUAAAAAAACAGGGGUAAGUAAAGCAUGUGCUUCUCAGAAGCCCUGUUUAUGGUGUGCAGACGCCAGACUGUGCUUCCUUUCAUAAUGUGCUGUGGCUCCAUACCUUUUCAGUUAAUAGUUAUUCAAUGAGACUGGGAAGUCUGCAUUGUUGAAUUAAGUACAGUUGCUUCCAUAAACCUUGUUUUCAAUUAACUCAAUACAGGGUACCCAUUACGAAGUCAAAGUAUGUUGACCCCACUAGGACAUGCAUUUAGUGCACGUAUGGCAAUGUUGACUAGUCUCCCAUAGCCAACUGACCCCUAUCUUGAGUUUCUAUGCGCACUCAACAUUUAAUUGCAUAGACCGUAUCAAAAUUAUUUAAGCUAUAAAUGCAUUCUUUAACUUUGACAAUUUUGUGUGUAAACUGGUCCACAAUUCAUGUGCUUCUGGUACGUAAACCAAAGAGUAUAUUUGAUGCUCGUUUGCUAAAAUGUAUUUGGUUUUAGGUAAGAUAGUGUAAAAUGCAAUGCUCUUCCUGAUGCAUCUAGUCUGUUUACUCUCUGAACAAUAUAUCAAGAAUGUUUUGUAAUACAGGUGGUUGAUCUGUUAUGUAUGUUUUCUUCACUGAUUUAAUGCAAUUGAACAAUAUACACAUCAGAGGACGAUUGGAGGUCAUUAACAGCAUGCUUUCAAAAUGGGGAGUUGAAAGAAUGUUCACGGUACCUUCUAUGCCUCAAUGUGAGUGAUCACGUACUGAAUUUUCUACCUCCAGCUUCACUGUAAAUGUAUAUUACCGCCACCAGCCGCAAAUUGAAAAUCUGUAUUUAAACAGAAUACUUAAUCUCCAUUUAGUGCCUUUUUUGGUCUCAGACCAUGGUUAUUGUUGUCUGUCCCUUCAACUCACAGCACUUUUCUCAACCUGGUCAUGUCUUUUUGACAGUCUCAUGGCAAACAUGUUGUGCACCGCAUACUGUAACUCCAGUUACUAGUUCAAUUCCCACCUAAAAGGAAACCUUAUGUUCACCAGUGUCAAUAAUCCAAAUAUGAAAUGUACAUGAGCAUCCUGAUUAGUUCCUUUUUCAUGUGUCAAUAUCCAGAUGGAUAUUGUCUUGAUUUCAUCCAAUCAGAAAGCUGUGUUCUUGUACCACAGUUCAUCUCAAGUUGUUGCCUCUGAAUCCAAAUCUACAGACCUAAAGGAGUCAAUAGAGCCUCAAGCCAAGAAAAUUAAACAUCAGUCUAGUGGCAUGGUCAAGGUAGAUGAAUCUGUCAUCAAAGGAAUGAUAUAUGAAUUUCAUCUAUGAAUCUGGAGGAUUUAAAAUAUAUUGUGUUCUCUCAGAUACAAAACUCUGUAUUUUGUAUCCAUUCCUCAUGUUUGUUAUUUUUCAGCGAAUGACCAUACUACUGUUUUUGGAAGAUUGUUAUUAUGCUCAUGUGAUAGCUAUACUUAUGGAUUUAAUAAAAAUGACUUGAUACUC